CCGGGUGGGCCAGACCGACAUUGGAGACAAUUGUCUCCCAGCUAAAAGGGGUGGUGGGUGGGAUACUGGGUUAGACCGUACGGUUGGCAACGCUGGGAGUGUCUUGCCUGGAUUACCCAACCAACCCCUCUCCUCACGGUCCACGUAUAAUUCCUAGCCACAACACUGAUCACCCUUAUUAUUAUACACGAAAUACGUACUUACAGCAUAUGCAUUGGAAACGUUUCUAUGAUAUUGGUGCUCCGUGACAAGGCCGAGCUGAACGAAUCCACCAGAAAGCUGGUGUUCACCGUGCUGGCAGUGGUGUGUGGUUUUGGCACGCUUACAUUGAUGGCCUUACGUCCGUCCGUGGACGCCGAUGGCGAGGAAAACGAAGUGAACUUACAAAAACCAAUCAGCGUGAUUCCGAAACAAAUGCUGAGGGAUUCGAUGAGGAUGACAAAAGACAUGCUCUUGUUAAGCCCAUUGUUCAUGUUCAUCGGUUUACACGUAUCGUUUUACAGUGAAGUGUACAGUUCAUGCAUCGCGUUCACAAAGUCUUUAGGCACUAACACUAAUCAACUGUUGAUCUAUAUGGGAAUAUUGGCCGGAGUCGGUGAAGCCACAGGUUCUUUGCUAUGCACAGUUUUGGAUAAAAGAUCUGAGAGAUCCAAUUCAAAAUGCAUUGGACUAAGUCGUUCGACCGUGAUAAUUAUCAGUUUUUUCAUCAACAUCGUAGCGUACGGCUUGAUCUUUGUCAAUUUACCAAAUGAUUCUCCAUUCGGCGAUACUUACUCCAAAUCUAUUAUCAAACCUAAUCAAUACAUGGCCAUAUUUUGCGGGUUCCUUUUGGGUUUAGGAGACAGUGGGUUCACCAUGCAAAUAUACAACAUAAUCGGAGUGAAAUACUCGAAUAACAGUACUUCCGUCAUGUCAUUAUUCAUGUUUUUGCAGGCGACGUCAGCAGCCAUUAAUAUCAUGUACAGCAAUCAGUUUGGAAUCUACAUACAACUAAUCAUAUUGGCCAUAGUAAUGACCAUUGCCACUUUAUCGUUUCUCAUAGUAGACAAAUAAAUUACCGUUUACUAGUAUAUUAUAAGAAUAAGAAUGAUGAUAUUUUUAAAUUUACCACACUUUACUCACGUAUAUCGUCAUAUUAUUAUAAAAUACUUAAUGACUGCUUAUAUUUUAAUUAGAUUCUUAUACCCAGCAGAAUAAGAGAGACUACCAAUUAGUAGGCACUUACAUAAAUUCUUAAAAUACGUUCAAGUCUUAACAAAUUCAGUGUAGGUAUCUAUGAAAAGUGUUUUUUUUUCAACCCGCAUAGGUAGGUAUUUGCAGCUCUCCUUCUCCAUUCUUCACUCGCAAUUUGUUUGAGUAGCUUAUAUUUAAAUAGCUCCCAGCUACCGCAUCUUGCUUAAUUUACCCAAUGAAAAAUGUUACAAAACUAAAUUUAAAAUUUAAAAAGAUAUAAUUACCUAAUAAUAUCUAAUAGCCAGUACCUAAGUAAUCAAAAUUUAGAACAAUCAUUUUAUAUUUUGUAUUACUCUUUACAAUCAAAUUGUAAAAACAAAAUUAUAAUAUAUUUCUAUCUAAUAGUUAAUUUAAUUAUUUGUAUCAUACAUGCCACUAUUUUAUAUUAAUUAAUCUGAAUAUUUCGUUUAAAUCAACAUUUACCGUGCCGCCGUGGUAGAUAACAAAAACAAGUUUAAAAACAUAUUAUUCGUAUAAUCUUCUUGUAAUAUUUUUUGCUAUUGAUGGAAAAAUUAAGUACAAUUUAUUAAAAUAUAGUAGUUAAUUAUUAGGUAUGAUAAAGAAUUCGUUGAGUACCUGGCCGGUGUGUACAAUACCUAUCUAUUUGUAUGGAAAGUGUUUCCCGCCUUCCCAGUAUCGUGUGGCAUUCAUAACUGUCACCUAUAAAUUUGUUAUUAAUGUAGAAACCAGUCAGAUUGCGGAUUGAUAAUAUUAUGUUAAGUGUAGUAGGUAGAUAUAAUGUGUACAUCAGAAAUAGUCAGGAUUCUCUGGAAAAAACAGCUGAAGUUGAUUCACAUAUGCUGGCGGGGAGGUAAGCAGAUCAGUAUUAUACAAUGAUAAGGCAUUAGACAAUACACCAUAGUAAUAACUAAUAAGUAAUAAUUAAUAUGACCUACCAAAUGUUUUUGUUACGAUAUUUUGAGCACAGUGACCCUCAGCUCCAGCACACUAGCUUCACUAGCUACUAGCACACUUUGGUCAGUCCAUCCCCUGCCAAAUAGUGAAAUAUCCAACACACAACCAAUUGAAAUCAAAUUUAUAACCAACUUGCUUCAAAAAAUAUUGUUAUGAAAUCUUAGUUUCAAAAAUGUAUAGGUA